GCGCAGCAGUCUCUGGAAGCUAUGCGUUUCAUUGCUCGUACGGUUAGCUACUGCUGCCCGGUCUAUAUUCGUCGUGCCUGUCGUUUUGUGUUGUGUAAUGGCUCAUCCCGCUUCUCGAACCGUCUCAGGAGCUCACCGUGGAUCGAGGCGGCUACAACUGUAUACAAGCAUAAUACCAUGGAUGUGACCAACUGACAGCAUAUCAUGGGCAACAGUGAGAGUGUGGUGGUGCAAAAGCGACUGUCCCGCUUCCGUCCAGAAGAUCGGCCAGUGAUUGAAGGAAUAUUUGACCGCCUUCAGGGCAAUGUUUUGGUCCCUGCAGGAGCCCAAAAGAAAGCAACAGCAGGAAACACUCUCACCUUUGAGAUGCUGCAGUCCUCCAUGUGUAUGCUGGCACCAGACUCCAUGGUAAGGAGAUCAUACCAGGGCAUGUGUAGCAUUGACUUUGGAGCAACAGCAGGUGGCAAAGUCAGUACAUCUGCCGCUUCAGGAGUGUGUCGCGAGCAAUUGGUCAUCUUCCUAGCAGACACCCUGCAGGGUACUGCAGAAGAGCGAGCUCCUCUUGUUAUGGCUAUGUCCCAGGGUGGCGCAUGCUCCAAGGUUGUCACCUAUGAGCAAGUAACAGAGUUCCUACAGGACCUUAUCUCUGCUGUAGUUCAGAUUCUGGUCUAUAAAGGACUCCUUCAGGGGUGGAAACCAGCCAAAAUGGGUGAUGGUUCUCAGUGUGUCAAACUCUUGGCAGAGCAGUUGUGUUCAGAACUAAAACCCACAGACCAGGGAGGCUAUGAUAUUGCCUGUUUGGAGGACUGGCUCUUCAGAGUACCCCAAUUAUCUUUGUUCCUGGAGAUGUUGGUGACUGAGGGACUAAAUGUGCGGCCAAGUGUGCGGCCAGCCCUUCCUCUGCUCCCUGCUUGUAAGGAGACACCCUGGAAAGAUUUACGGUGUCUGUUGGAUAUUCCCACCCUCAUGUUUCUUGCACCGCAGCUGCCUGACAGAUACAGUGCUCCAUGGAGACUUGUGUUUUCCACGUUGCUGCAUGGUGAGAGCUUCACAAGAAUGGUGGCAGGCCUAACCAAUUGUGGGCCCACCUUGCUGCUCAUCAAAGACACAAAGGGAUAUGUUUUUGGUGGCUUUGCCUCCCUCAGCUGGGAAGUCAAACCUCAAUUCCAGGGUGACUCCAGAUGUUUCCUGUUCUCUGUAUUCCCCAGACUGAGAGUUCAUACAGCUACAAGUUACAACCAACACUUCAUGUACCUCAACCAGAAUCAGCAAACCAUGCCCAACGGACUGGGCAUGGGCGGUCAGCACAGUUACUUUGGGCUGUGGUUGGAUAGUGAUUUUGGACAUGGCCACAGCCGUGCACGGCCAAAGUGUACAACCUUUGGAAGCCCUCAACUCUCGGGGGACGAGGACUUUAAUUUGGACUCAAUGGAAGUAUGGGCAGUAGGAAAACCCUCUGAGCUAGAGGAGGGUGAAGAAGGUGAGGUUAAGAGGAGUGUCUUGGACAUGGAUCCAGAGGUCCAGGUCAUGAUGGAGAUGACAAGCAAGAAACUGCACAGUCAGGGUCUUAGGGAGCCAGUUGACCAAAAGCACUAAAGGUCAUCAUCAUCUGACCUUAUCUCGGCCCAUGGGAAAUCUGGUGCUGAUGCAAAUAGGAAAUUUGUCAUCAUCUACAAUAUUGUAUUUUACCAUUAAGUGUCAUCAAUAUAGACAGUGAUGUCUCAUCUUUCCUGCCUAUUGUUGUAAUUCUUGACAUUUGUUGUUGUAAACCAGGAAAGCAAAGCAUGACAGUGUUUAAGUAGCUUGUACUAAGUGGAUGUAGUAGUACCACCUAAAUAUGGUCAUACAAACGUACUUAGGCUAUGUUCACACUACAAGUCUUAAUGCCCAAAGGUGGCAUUUAAAAAAAAAACAUUUUUUAAAUAGUUUCCAGGUGUCUUAAUAACAUGUCUGCUUUUGUCAAAAUACCACAUGGAUAUAUACAUAUUUAUCCAACAUUUUUCUCUUGCUAAAAUCAAGCUGUUUAAGGAGACGUUUAACAGGCUGUCUGCGGGCCGGCCCUGCAAGUGAGCCAGCCCUUAUCCUGCCCCAAUAUACUGUACAGCUGGGCCAGUGGCCAGUCCAGCUAUCAUUAAAUAAGCAACCAAUGGGCUGGAUCUCACCGCGGAAUGCACGUUCCUUUCCAGAAGUGUGCGCUGCAUCUGACGGCUUCCUUCUUCUCAUGAAAGCAGAGCCCAGUGUGUGGGAAAACAAGCGAGAGACUUGAGGUCUGACUUGUCCAAGUUACUAACUGCAGGAGACAGCACUCUGCACAGAACACCAACUAUUAUUUUAAGCCAUGAAUAAUAUAUUAUAUUAUAUAAAAUAUAACAUCGACAUGACUCUGAUUGUAGUGAGUCGCUAGAAAGCUGUGUGAACUUGAAAGCAAAAAAAAAAAAAAAAAAAAAAAAACAAUAAAAAUGCCCAACUGUGAUACAGAUAAGAAGAAAGAGCAAACAUUUUUAUUAUGGCUGUUUUUGGUGGGGUGUCUACUACCUCUGUUCAGGGGUGUAUGUUCAUUACUAUUUAUUACAUAUGAAUGUACAAAAAUCUGGAACAGAUUUUAGCAAGAAUCAUGGAAGUUGACACACAUGAUUUGCUUUGGCGGGCCACGUAAAAUGAUGUGGCGGGCCGCAUCUGGCCCCCGGGCCUUGAGUUUGACACCUGUGUUAUAGGGAGUAUUGAUUUUGACCAAAUGAUAGCAUAUUCUGAUAAUUGCGAAAAUGUCUGAAUGAGGUUAAACACUGUUUGAAGUGAUGCCUUGGGUUCUUGUAAAUAAAGAAGGAUAUCAUCGGCG